AUGGUUGUAGCGGGUCCACCAGAGUGUAUGGGGCGAAGAAGGUGGUUCAUUUUGGCAACUUUUGUAUGUCUAUUUGCUUUCUCUUGUGGAACAGAACUUAAGGUCGAGCAUAAGCAUGUAGAUCAUCAUCUAACCGGUUACAAUCACACUCUUGCCAAGAUAUUGGUUGAGUAUGCCUCUGCGGUAUAUAUGUCAGAUUUGACUCAACUGUUUACUUGGACAUGUUCGAGGUGUUCUGGUUUGACUGAGGGAUUUGAGAUUAUAGAGCUGAUUGUUGAUGUUGAGCACUGCUUACAGUCAUUUGUUGGAGUUGCAAAGGAUCUUACUGCUAUUGUUAUUGCCUUUAGAGGAACUCAGGAACACAGCAUACAGAAUUGGAUCGAAGACUUAUACUGGAAACAACUUGAUGUAAAUUACCCUGGCAUGCCUGAUGCAAUGGUGCACCAUGGAUUUUAUACUGCAUAUCACAAUUCAACAAUUCGCCCUGGAAUACUAAAUGCUGUUGAAAGAGCAAAGGAGUAUUAUGGGGAUCUUGACAUCAUGGUGACAGGGCAUUCAAUGGGAGGGGCCAUGGCAUCGUUUUGUGGACUUGAUUUGAUGGUCAAUACCAAAGCCAAGAAUGUUCAGGUGAUGACAUUUGGACAGCCUCGGGUUGGCAAUGCAGCUUUUGCAUCUUACUACAGUCAACUUGUGCCAAACACAAUCCGAGUCACAAAUGAACAUGAUAUUGUACCACAUCUGCCUCCAUACUAUCGCUAUUUCCGUCAAAAGACAUACCACCACUUCCCAAGAGAGGUUUGGCUGCAUAACAUUGGAGUGGGAAGUCUGGUUUAUCAAGUGGAGGUGGUCUGUGAUGGUUCUGGUGAAGACCCAGACUGUAGCAGGUCGGUGGCAGGUAACAGUAUUGCAGACCAUUUAGUUUAUUUUGGUGUUGAGUUGAUGUGUGAGUCAUGGAGAUCUUGUGGAAUUGUGAUGGAUUCUCUUGUCAGUGAGUAUGGCAAAACAGAUCUCAAAGGAAAUAUUGUUUUGUCGAGAGAUUCUAUUCUGAGAAUGAAAACAGAGAUGAAUGUUGGGGAAGAUCAUGUUUAG